GCAAUCUACUUACCGUACAUCGCCGUCUCGAUCAUGGACAUGGUGGGCGCGAGUGAAGCUGCUAGGAUCGUGCACAUCGUCUGCAUCAUCAUCGACCCCAUGUACACACUCAUCGGAGGGCUCUACUACGUGAGCAAGAGCACAGUUCACCUGUUUGCGCUCACACUCCUACUCAGGGUGCUUGUCAUCCGUAAUACAGGGGGAUCCAUCAGCGACGCUUUACGUCUGGGCACGUCCAAGCGCCAGAUCAGGUUACCGAAGUCAUGCCUCCCACCAAGGGAGAACGAGGAUGAGGACGUUAAGGAGGAGAGGGAGAGAGUGGCAAGGUUGGCCAGUGACACCACAGAACAGUACGCGCACACUCCUCAGCCUGUUGUCAUGGUCCAGAAUAUGCAGAAGGCGUUUUCCACUGGAGGGCUUUUCGAGAAAGGAAAUGAAAUCAAGGUGGUGGUGCGGAACCUUUCUCUUGCUGUGGAGACGGGAGAGGUGCUGGGACUGCUGGGACCAAACGGUGCAGGAAAGACGACCACUCUGAGUGUGAUAACCUCUGAGACGGCACCAACAGCUGGAACGGUGACCGUGGGUGGUUACAACGUAGUCUCGUGUAUGUCUGAGGCCUACGAGGCGAUGGGUUACUGCCCCCAGCACGACGCGAUCUGGCCUAACAUUACCCUGAGAGAACACCUGAUCUGCUAUGCUGCGAUGCGCGGAAUCCAGCCAACCCAGAUUACACACACAACUAACUACUUAAUGGAUGCUUUGCAAAUCAGGGAACACGAGAACAAGCGAUCAGACGUGCUGUCGGGUGGGACAAAACGAAAGCUGAGUUUUGCGAUCAGCAUGUUGGGGGCACCACAGGUCGUGCUGCUAGACGAACCGUCGACCGGCAUGGAUCCGCAGUCGAAGCGUUUUCUGUGGGACACGAUCAGCGCUAGCUUUACCGGCGACCGUGGCGCCAUCUUGACGACACACUCGAUGGAGGAAGCAGACGCUUUGUGCAGCCGCGUCGGCAUCAUGGUUGCUGGAGAGCUCAGGUGCCUGGGAACUACACAACACCUGAAGAAUAAAUACGGAGGCGGCUAUAACUUGGAAGUGAAGGCAGCUUGGUCCAGUGCAGAUCCCGACCACCACGUUAGGAUGGAGCAGCUGAAUCGCUAUGUGAUGUCGCUGUUCAUAGCUGCCGCUCGUACAGAGUGCUUCGGAGAGCGUGCCACCUACCACAUCCCACAGUCAGACAUCGGCUCUCUCGCGACCGUCUUCCGCAGCCUGGAGGAGG